AUGGGUGACGUUAUAAGCUUGUUUUCUGUGAUAAUAAUGAAAUUUAAAUCUAAGUUUAAUGAAAGUAAGAUAUAUUUCCACUAUGAUCUUCCGUGGGAUAAGCUCAAGACCGUGAAGUGGAUGAAUGAGAAGGCCACAUCCAACAAGGCUUAUAUUCCAACAACGGUGGAGAAUGUCGCAAACGUUUGUACACAUGCAUUAUGUGUGGCGCCCGCGUCGCUUGGAGCUCGGGAGCUGCUCACGCGCAGCGUCAACGCGCCACAAGCGAUUGCUGCUGUUGUUUAUGGACUUGCCCUUUGCCUCCUCUUCGCGGUGUCCACCACCUUCCACUCAGUGUGUUGCUGCAAAUCAGAUACUAAAAUGAAACACUUCCUACAUCGAUGCGACCGAGCAAUGAUUUACAUAUUCAUCGCAAGCUCAUACUUCCCAUGGCUGACGGUUGGAACACUGUCGUGUUGGAUGCUUCGAGAGCUCCGGUGGGCGAUCUGGCUGCUCGCUGUGCUCGGGAUCACGUACCAGCAGAUAUUCCACGAGAGAUACAAGAUGUUGGAGCUGCUUCUGUAUCUAGUCAUGGGGCUAGGUCCAGCGGCCAUCAUUGUCACUUCUAAUCACCAGUUUCCAGCAAUGUACGACUUGAAGUUGGGUGGUAUCUUGUACCUGAUCGGUGUGUUCUUCUUUAAGUCAGAUGGGCGGAUUCCCUUCGCCCACGCUAUCUGGCAUAUGUUCGUCGCUCUGGCCGCAACGGUACACUACUUAGCCAUACUCCGCCAUCUCUUCCCGGAACUCAAAUCUUACUGA